AUGGCAGAUGGAGUUCAAGAACUGGAACUUCAACCCGGAGGUACGAAUGGCGUCAUUAAUGGAGUCCCCACCCAAAAAUUCAAGCACUACAGAUGGUGGUUCCGGGUGGCGGUGUAUAUCAUCUUUCUAAUCUCCGGUCAGGCCACCGCCACCCUCUUGGGCAGACUUUACUACGACAAAGGCGGCAACAGUAAAUGGAUAUCCACCUUCGUCCAAUCCGCCGGAUUCCCAAUCUUGAUUCCCCUCCUACUCUUCUUCCAACCAACCACCACUACCUCCGCCGCAUCACCGCCACCCACCACCACCACCCUUCUACUUCUUUACCUAUUUUUCGGCUUAAUCUUAACAGGUGACAACUUAAUGUAUUCAUAUGGUCUUCAAUACCUUCCUGUUUCCACUUACUCUUUACUCUGUGCAACACAAUUAGGAUUCAACGCUGUUUUUUCAUUUCUUUUCAACUCACAAAAGUUCACUUCUUUAAUCAUCAACUCACUUUUUCUCCUCACAAUCUCCGCCACCCUCCUCGCUGUUCAUUCGGAUUCAGAUAACCCAUCAAAAAUCUCAAAAGCAAAAUACAUAAUCGGGUUUUUAUGCACUCUAGGAGCAUCCGCCACAUACUCUUUAUACCUCUCCUUUUUACAACUAUCAUUUCAAAAGGUAAUCAAGAGUGAAAACUUUAGGGUUGUGCUAGAAUUACAAAUAUACCCUUCCUUUGUUGCUACGUGUGGUUGUGUGGUGGGGCUUUUUGCCAGUGGUGAAUGGGACAUGUUAAAGCAAGAGGCGAGUGAUUAUGAAAAGGGUUCGGUGUCUUACAUAAUGACGCUGACGUGGAUAGCUAUUGCAUGGCAGAUUUGUUCUAUAGGGAUUUUGGGAUUAAUAUUUGAAGUUUCAUCUUUGUUUUCGAAUGUGAUUAGUACGUUAGGGUUACCGGUUGUUCCGGUUCUUGCAGUUGUGUUUUUUGGAGAUAAGAUGGAUGGAGUGAAAGCGAUCUCAUUGAUUCUUGCGAUAUGGGGGUCGGGGUCGUAUGUUUAUCAACAUUAUCUUGAUGAUUUGAAAUUGAAGAAUGAUAUGAAAACGAGGAUACUUGUAAGUGCCAAUGAGGCUUCCCAUAAUGUUUAA